CACUAAUAGGAAGUAAUAUAUAAAUAAUUCUGCCUCCUAGGAAUGCAUAGUAUGAAGAGAAGAUAGGUUGAUUAUAUAAGUUCCUGGAUAAGGUCCUCUUUACCUCUAAAGCUUGAGUCAUUUUGAGACUCUGAGGUCUCUGAAGCAGUAGGCACUCACAUUUUAAAAAUUAAAAGUCAUCAUAAAAGACAGAUUUACAUGGGCCAGAGAUAUGUGAAUAAGCACAUGACUGGUGACAACAUAGUUCAUAGUUUGUUGAGGUAUUAUUGGAGUGAGGUAGAGUGUGCAGUAAGGAAAACUUUCUUUAGCAAUAGCCAAAAACAAACUUCUCAAGAGGUAGAGUUUUUGCGAAAUUUAAAUUAGAGAAAAUUGUUACCUCUAAGAGAUUCAAGGGUCAGCAGUGCUUGUUCAGUGAACUGAUGAGGAGGCCAGUCCAAGGAGUGUUAGGAUUGGUCAGCAGAAGAGGCAGGUGGGCACACAAUCAAGUCCUCAAGGAGGACAACAGUGCCUAAGGGUGGGAAGUGAACAAGGGCAAGCUGCCAGGCUGUUUAUGGAGACCAGAGGAGAGUGCACUCUUCCCCCAUGUCUAAGGAAAAGGCCACUCCUAAAACACUAGCAGUGUUAAAGGACUGUGUGUUUCAAGGUACUGAUUUAUUUCCAAAAUGUUUUUAGGCAAUGGUGGGAAAAUAAAGGAUUUCAAUGCUUCACCCUCAGUUUGUUGGAAUAUCAAAUUUACUAGAAUAGGACAUUCUGGAGUUGCUUUGAAGUCAUAGUAAACUUAACUACCGCGAAUAAGUAACAUGGGAUUAGGAACACAAUGGCUGCAAAUCCAGAAGUCUAAUGGCUGAUUUUCUUCUGGGCUUCUUUUCUUGCUGGUGGUGGCUGCUUUCUCUUCUCUUCCAGAGUUCUAUUGGAAGGGUGCUGUCUUUUGUUUUUCACAGAAUGUUGAUCCAGGUAUGCCUGUAUUUUUACUGUAAAUUUUUGUGGCGCUGCCUGAAAUUUGUAAUGCGGAAGCUCACUGGAAGAUGUGAACUGCAACGGAUCUGUUACAAUACCAAGCCUGGAGCUUCUAGAACCAUGAAAAUCGAAACGUCACUAAAGGAUUCCAAAAGUAAGCUGUUGCAGACUUCAGUGAGUGUUCACUUUGAUGCUAUUGAAAAAACUAUAGAAGACAUCAUGGAACUGAAAAAAAUUAACCCCGACAUAAAUCCACAGCUGGGCAUCUCUCUUCAGGCUUGCCUUCUGCAAAUCGUUGGGUAUAGAAACCUUAUUGCCGAUGUGGAAAAACUGCGCAGAGAGCCCUAUGAUUCUGAUAAUCCCCAACAUGAAGAAAUGCUUCUGAAGUUAUGGAAAUUCUUGAAGCCGGAUACUCCACUGGAAUCUCGGAUUUCUAAGCAGUGGUGUGAAAUUGGUUUCCAAGGUGAUGAUCCUAAAACAGACUUUCGAGGAAUGGGACUUCUGGGACUGUACAAUUUACAGUAUUUUGCGGAAAGGGAUGCUACAGCAGCUCAGCAGGUCCUCUCUGACUCUCUUCAUCCAAAAUGCAGCAAAUUCAGCAAAGCAGAAUGGGAAAAGAAAAGGAUGGAUAAAGCAAUUGGGUACUCAUUUGCAAUUGUGGGCAUCAAUAUAACUGACCUGGCAUAUAAUCUACUGGUUAGCGGAGCUCUAAAAACCCAUUUCUACAACAUUGCCCCAGAGGCUCCAACGUUGUCUCACUUCCAACAAACGUUCUGCUAUUUGAUGCACGAAUUUCAUAAGUUUUGGAUUGAAGAGGACCCCAUGGACAUAAUGGAAUUUAAUCGUGUGCGAGAGAAAUUCCGCAAGAGAAUCAUCAAACAGCUGCAGAACCCAGACAUGGCGCUGUGCCCACAUUUUGCUGCCUCGGAAGGUUUAAUCAACAUGUAGUCGCCCACGCUGGUUUUAAUGGAUACCCUGGAACACUGCCUCAUUGUCUUGUUAGAUCUCCGCUUAGGUCACAGCUCACACACUGAAUGCACACAGUGAUUGUAUGCAUGCCUUUUGGUACAGUAUUUUCAUCUCUUGGUCAUAAUUCCAAGAUCCCCAGAUACCACUAUUUCUGGAGUAUCUGUCAUCCAGUGACUGCUCAUAUUGUGGCAUUAUGCAGUGUUACAUCUUGCCUUGAUACCCAGGUAUGGAGAGAGUUUUCUAUUUUUUUAGAUUUUUUUUCCUCCCCCCUCAUAAUUCAGCAUUAAAGAAUUGUAUUUCUCUAGCUGUAUUUUGUAUGUAAGAGGUUUAGCUGAAUCUUGUUCUGUGAAAACCCUUUAAUUUAUUGAUAUGUUUCAUGACUACUGCUGCUAGCUUUUCAAGCCAAGUUCAUGCUUGGACCUCAUUCUGAUAAAGUAUAAGACUUUAAAAUUAUACAGACAGACACAUGAUAAGCCAAACUGUUCCUGCAAACAUAGCUGCGCUUCAUGACAAUGUAACGAGGCUUACAAGAAGUCGCUUUAGGUAGGAGCUGUUUCUGUUUGAAAUACUGCAGAAUUAUACUGUAACUCCCCCCGCCCCCAGUUGCAACUGUGUCAUAGUCAUCUGGAUGUCAAAUUAGCUUAUUCCCAUAAUUUCACGGACUUGGAUGCCUAAAUAUGUUCAUGAUGCGUGGAGCCGCAAAAAAGAAGUAAACAUAUUUCAAAAGCUGCAAAAGGUUUUUCACUGCCUGCCUCUUGCUGAGCUCAGAGUUACACCCUGGCACUGUUCUGAUCCAAGCACCUUUACUUGGGGAACUAAGUGCUGACUGGUUUGUUUUCUAUGUCAAGGAACAAUAUUAAAAAACAAUUUGUAAGAAAAUGUGAGGCAAGAGAGCGACCUAAGCUAUGUCACUCUGCAAUAUUUCUUGAAAAUAAUGACCUUGUCUUGUAUCACUGAAAGAAGUAAAUUGCUUGGAAGGGGAAAAGUCAAAUCAUUCCAAAACUGCUAAAAAUUAUUUUAAAAACCGUGAUUUAGUUUGGAAUUAUGAUUGUAGUCUGUUGAAUAGUAUUUACCAUGGCAUUUCAUACCCAUGGUAUUUUAUACCUUCUGACUAUCAAUUUUAGUAUUAUUAGAUGUUUGUGUAAUCACUUGCUUCUUUAAAUGAAUUUUGAGUACUGCCUAAUUGUCAGUUAUAUGAAUAAAUUACAUGUCAUUCUACUGAAAC